AUUAUUGUGCAUUGCUCGGCCUCGGCUCCGUUUUGAAGUUUUGUUUUUUUGCGAUUUAUCUCAAGUAGCUAUUUUGAGAGUUAAAAAGUCCAUAGAAUCCGAUUAUGUGAAAAUAUCUAUUUUAAAUUAAAAAGGAAAAAAGGGCUGACUGACUUCUGUUUUGGAGUUUCACGAAAAAUGAAUUCGUAAACUUGGAAUGUUCUCAAGCUUUUAAAGUAUAAAUAUCCUUUAAAGAAGUUUCAAAACGUUAUAAGACGAUAUAAAAACUCGGAGUCAUAAUGUCGCUCACCCCUCAAGAUUUAGUGCUAUUACUAGAUGUUGUAAACGAAGAAAAUGUGGACAUAAAUUUCGAAAGUCUUUCGAAUCAAAUGCAUCAAAAAUUUCCAAAAAAAGACCAUUUUAAGAUCGGGAUGACCAUUCUCUUAAUGUUACAACACAACGAUCUUCUCUCAAACCAAGUUCAGCGAGUGAUAGCAGUAGGACUUUUGUACGAUCUCUACCGAGGAGAACCACUUGCCACAACUCCCUUCGCCCCGGUAUUCGUGCAAAUUCUAAAGGCUCCUGAGGAAACUGGAAACGGCGGCAAGGGCAAUCAUCCUAGUCACGUGCCAGUAUUAUCUCAGUGCGAGAAAAAUUUACUGGCUGGAUUGUUGGGCCCGAAAAGCAGUGAGAUCAUGAAAAAGACCCCAAGACAAGUGAUCGAUGAACUCUACUUUGUACCCUCUGCUCAACCGGAUUUAACCAGUCUACAACUGCAACUUGCCGAGCAUCAAUCUGAACUUCCUGCAGUCACAAAAUGUGGAAUUCCGGUUAUUCUGCCCGAGGCUGAACGUCCCAAGCCCAACGAAGUUGAUAAAGCUGCUGCCAAGAGUGUCCUUGAAGACCUUGUGACGGGAAACGAGCCGCUUUUCAAUCAAAGUUACCGGCCUGAAUUUCUCCGAUUGGCUCCGCCACUGCAUCAGUGUUUGAACGAACCUGCCUGGAUGAAUUUCACGGAACCAAACCAAUUUACCGUGGAAUAUGACACCAGUAUGUGUGUCUCGAAUUGUGCGGGUGCACGAAGAUUGAUGGGAAAGGCAUUCAAGAGUGUUUUGACUCUUCAACAGCAACAGUAUCUUGUCACAGUUUUAGACAAGGAUCCAAAAUUAGUUUACCACAUUGGAUUAACUCCUGGUAAACUUCCGGAUUUGGUGGAAAAUAAUCCUCUAAUAGCUAUCGAGGUUUUGUUGAAGUUGAUGCAGUCGAGUCAAAUCACGGAAUAUUUUAGCGUUCUUGUCAAUAUGGAAAUGUCCCUUCAUUCGAUGGAAGUGGUGAACCGGUUGACGACAACCGUCGAUCUGCCAACGGAAUUUGUUCAUCUUUAUAUCAGCAAUUGCAUUUCCACCUGCGAAACGAUCAAGGAUCGCUAUAUGCAGAAUCGGCUCGUUAGACUCGUUUGCGUAUUUCUGCAAUCUCUGAUUAGAAAUAAGAUUAUUAAUGUGCAGGAACUUUUUAUUGAAGUCCAGGCUUUUUGUAUUGAAUUUAGUAGAAUUAGGGAAGCCGCGGCUUUGUUUCGACUUUUGAAGCAACUCGAAUCGGGAGAUGUUGGAGGUCUUAAUACCCCGGUGACUAAAGGGAAGAUUAAUAUGUGUUAGAUUUCGGAGAAAGCUUUAAAUUACUAACUUAUGUCUGUGAAAGUUUUUACAGUAAUUUCGAAACUACGUACUGAUUAAGUAUGUAUGUAUUUAUAGAUCAUUGUAUUUCGUUUAAUCAUCAUUCGUGUAAAAUAUCACAGUUUUUCGUUCUUUCUUUUUUUUCGUUUUUUCUUUUUUUGUUAAGAAAAAAAAACACGAAGUCUUACUGAAUUUAAUAUAAUAGCAGUAUAUAUAUAACAAUAGACGGGAGAGUUUUUUUUAUAUUUUAAUGAGACUAAAUGUGAUUCAAGGAGCAAGUCAAUAUAUUGAUUAGAAAUUUAA